AUGGCGCCUGAUCGGACUGGGAAGAGUGUGUUCCUCGGGAACAUCCCGUACAACCUCACAGAGGAACAAGUCAAAGAUCUCCUCAGCACAGCUGGCACCGUUACCAAGUUUCGACUAAUGAUGAACCCCGAGACCGGCAAACCGAAAGGAUAUGGCUUCGCAGAUUUCGCCGACGCCGAUGCCGCUGCCUCGGCGGUGCGCAAUCUCAACGAUCACGAAAUAAUGGGCCGCAAGAUCCGCGUCGAUUGGCCUCACAACAACGAGAAAGACUCCGUACCUCCGGAUUAUUCGCAGCAGUCACAACCGAUGAUGAACCAAGAUCCUGUACAACAACAAAUCCCAGCCUCGGCGCCGCUGCCACCACUUCCACCAGGCGUGGAACUGCCGCCUCAGAUUGACUGCCCAAACGCCAUCUCCCAUACUCUCGCAUCUCUCCCUCCCAAUCAACUUCUCGAUGUCUUGACACAAAUGAAAUCUUUGGCAGUUGCCGACCCGGCUCGUGCCACUGAUCUUCUGCGCCAGGCGCCUCAGCUCGCCUACGCGGUCUUCCAGGCUCUACUGCUCAUGAACCUGGUCGAAUACCAGCUGCUUGGUUCCAUCGUCGAGCAGGCCGCUCAACCUCCUCAAGCUGCCCAACCUCCUCAACAAUUCCAGCCGUACGCUCCCAGCCAGAUCUCUACGCCGCCUGUUGCUGGCACUCCCUUCGCCCCUCCACCCGCUCAAGCCGCUGCCCCCAUGCUCGGCCAGGAAGAGCUCCUUCAGCAAGUCCUCACCAUGCCUCAGGCUACUAUUGAUGCCUUGCCCCCCGUCGAGAGAAGUCAGAUCAUGCUGUUGCGCCAACAAUUGAUGCAAAGUGGCAUGCGAUAA